CAUGACAACAAGUAACCAGCACGGAUUUAUUUGAGAAAGUUAAAGGACAUUGUGCGGGGGCGUCAAUCAAGCAUUAUUUCAGGACUGAACAAAUGCAAAAUCUUGACUGGAACAAAUGCUUCCAACGGGUCUCGGACGCGGGGCUACAUUUCCCUCUUUUGUUCCCGGUCGCUGGUUGGCAUGUAUUUGUGUUCCUUUUUUCGCCCGACCACCCAGGACGACUAGACGAGAACGGAUACCCACUCUGUUUGGGAGGGUCUAUGCGGUCAUCCAAAGCGCGCUAAGGCGAGGCAGUCUCGGGAAUCAUCAGAACCCAAUGAUAUGCCUAGUGCACGCACUUACUGGUGAGGUGCAGGGGUAAGCAAUAGUCCAUGAUGAAAAAUUACUGUCUCCUUGAUGUCUGGAUCUUUUCCCUAAAUAGAAGUUAUUUCAGAUUUCUCACUCUUUAGGAAGAAAUGACCUUCUAAGUUAAACAGAACUGAUGUAAAAACUUAAACAGCAAAGUAGCCUAUAGUUUAAUGUCGGAUAUAGGCUAGCUAUAUCCUUUCAAUUUCAAAAAAUUCUAGCAAUAAGGAUUUUUGUGCUUUUACUGUAUGCAAGGACAAGCCACUUUUCCAUUAGCCACGAAUAUAAAUGUCAUUAAUCACCCCACUGUACUGAGAGAGUGCACAUUUAAUCCGUGUUAGUGCAAUAACACCUGCAAUAAACGACAAUACCCCAAUAAACGAAUUAGGAAAACCAACUCUGGGACGCUAAUGGAUCACUUUGUAUGCAAAUAUCCGAUAUGUUAUUUGAGCGGGGGGGAAAGAAGGGAGGGCUCUUGUUGUCACUUGCCACCCAAGACGUGAUUCAGCCUCAACAAUUACCAUUAUCUGUUUCCCACUUUUCACGAAUUCGGACGAAUCAGUAAUGAUGAAGAGUGUUACCCUCCAUCAUUGUGAAAGUAACGGGCUAUUCUUUGCCGAGUUCACACCUACCAUUACAGGGAUUUAAGUACACGAGUCAUUGAGGUACUUAGAACCCAUAAGGAGGAGAGGCCUCAAAGCAACCACCAAGUGCUGUUUAUAUAAACACCGCGACAUCAGUGCACACAUUGUCACUUGGAUGCGCGUCUUGAGAACGCACAGAUCACUUCAGCACUGCGCGACUGAGGAUAGCUUUUCAAGAUCGAGAACCAGUCUUGGAACUAACAGCAAUCCAGCGCUUCAGAUGGCUAUUUCUAACAAGUUCAGUUUCACUGUGAGAAGUCUUUUGGAUUUGCCAGAAAAUGACACCGAGAGCAUCGCGCACCAUUCUCCAGUGGAGGCCUUCUCCGUCUCACCUUACUCGUCUUGGACUGAAAACGGAAGAGGACAUAUAUCAUCAGACGAGAGCAAUCUUGAGGCUUCACCAGACUCCACCGGACCAGAUGUGCUUUUAGUGGAUACAGAGCAUGAAAAGCGGAAGAAGCGUCGCGUGUUAUUCUCCAAGGCUCAGACGUAUGAACUGGAGAGACGCUUUCGUCAGCAGCGGUACCUGUCCGCUCCAGAACGAGAGCAGCUCGCGCACCUGCUACGCCUCACGCCCACGCAGGUGAAGAUCUGGUUCCAAAACCACAGAUACAAGAUGAAGAGAGCGCGGAUAGAGUGCGCUCAGGACCUCAGUCAGCCUCCAGUGCUGCGCAGAGUCGUGGUGCCCAUUUUGGUCCGAGAUGGCAAGCCGUAUCAGAACUGCACUAUAGAUGCAGAAAAAGGAAGCUACAUCGUCCCACCAACAGUACCUUCUUCACACUUCAGCGUUCGGGGUUUCCCGUCUUUACAGCAACAAACGCCCUUUGCGCUUUUCCCCACAUACCAGCACUUUACCAACACAGCGGCCUCCCGUCACCACUUCUGUGUUUGGUGAGAUUCGCUUAGGACCAUACGAACUAUUUUCGGGACUUACCCCACAGGACAGCGCAUGGAUUCCUCUUGAUUCAAGUUGUUUUUAAUUACAUAAAGUGUUAGGUCCAUUAAAAUAGAAACUCUCGGCGUUGAUAAGAUUAAAAAAAUAAAUAAAUGCUGUUUGCACAUAUUAUAUGUUCUGUUUAGUUGCUUUUUGUAAGAGUUUUGUAUUAAUUGAUGUUGCAAAAAAUGUUUUAUGUUUUAUACUGUGAAUAAUGUAGUGUCAUAAUUUGGUGAAAUUGCCUCAUCUUAAAGUGUUACACGUUUUCGUUCGUUAUUCUAUGUAUUACAAAAAAAAAAAGAGAGAGAGAAUUAAAAAAAUAAAUUUU